AUAACGGCUGCGCCUCCUUUUGCUCAGGGAAGUUUCCAGAUACGGAAAAAAUAACCUGUGUGACAAACUGCUGUAAAGAUGGAGUUUAUUAAAGAAGAGAGUGAAGACAUCAGUAUUACACAAACAUGUGGAAUAAAAACUGAAGAUACUGAAGAACAAAGAGAUCUGAUGGAGCUGAAAGAGGAAUGUCAAGACCUGAAUGAAGUGGAGGAGAAACAUCAGUAUCAGAAACGUGAUCAUUUAAAGUCAGAAGAACAACAUUUUAAUUGCUCACAAUCUGGAAAGAAUUUCUCACACAAAAGAAGUCAAAGAGCCAAAAAUUCUCUCACAUUUCAUCAGAGUGGAAAGAGUUUCAUGGAUAAAGGAAUCCUUAUGGAGGAAAAAUUAAUUCUUGCUGUAAGCAGUCACCCAGAAUUGUACGAUUCCACUUCAUGUUUUUACAGAGACAGGAACAAAAAGGACCUCGCUUGGAAGAGGGUCAGUGAGGAGAUUGGGCAACCUGAGGACUUUUGCAGAAAAAAGUGGAAGAGCCUCAGGGACACAUAUCUGAAGGAGAAGAGGAAGGAGAUGGACAAGAGGAGUGGGUCAGCAGCAGGGUCUGGGAAGAGGUGGAAGUACUCUCAGAUCUUGGGAUUCCUCGACCCCUUCGUCACCCCACGGGAGACUAGUGGUAACAUGGAGGGGGUCGAGGCCCGGAUCAGAGAGGACAACCACCUCGAGGACCAGGGACAGCCUGGAGAAACAGCGUGGGAGACAGAGACUGAGGAAAAUGAUCAGAGGGGGGAAGAGGAUAUUCUGAGAUCCCUUGCCUCUUCUCCUGUCUCCCCAGUCCCUGGUCCCUCAGCCCCUGCUGCUGAACUCACAGGCCAACAGAGGAGGAGAGCCCGACGGCGGCCCCGUGAGCGGUCCCAGGAUGGUCUGUCGGAGGUGGAGCAGACGCUGUUGUUGCUUCUGACACAACCUCCGGCGCGACCUCCAACCCCACGCUCCGCUGAUGAGUACUUCCUCCUCAGCCUUCUGCCUUUUCUGCAGAGCAUGCCGCCUCAUUUAAAAGAAACAGUUAAAUUUCAAAUUUACAAAUUGGCAAUGGAAAAUAGCACCAUUGUGCUAAAUUUGGAACAAUUGGACCCCCCCACACAGUAAACUUUUAAAAAAAGAAAUAGAAGGAAUAGAGCGGCAGGCUCUGCAUGAAAUGCAGAAUGCCCUCCUUCCUCUUCUCCUAUGCCGUUCCCUGUGGCUCUUCCACCUUCCAAGCGAGGUCCUUUUUGUUCCUGUCUCUUUAUGUAAAUAGUUUGCACAUAUUGUUCAUUUUUUUCAGUUCAUAUUGUUAUUUUAUAUGUUUUGCCUAAAUUUUUUUUACGUUUUGCCUCAGUAUGUUUUUUAAUGUUAUACCUCAAAUUACUUUAUAUGUUUGGCCUUAAUAAAUUAUUUUGUAAUAUGACUAAAUGAUUGGUGUGGUUCUAAUGCACAAACAAAGCAAAUCUUUUAUCACAUAACUUGAUUUCAAUAUAUGAGACAUUUUGAUUUUGUAUUGAUUGCUAUUUAUUCCAUAUCUAAAUCUAGAUUAUAUGAAACAUUAUUAUUGUAAUGUAAAGACAACCAACAUUAGUGUCUGGACAGUGUUGAAUAAGUAAAAAAACACAGGACAGGUUAAUUACUUUUGGAGGCUGGCUCCAUUUAUCAUCAAAAAAAUAAAUAAACAAUUUAACCUGAUAUACUACCAUGGAAAACCUGACAUUUUUAAAAAGUCUCAACUUAAUAAAUGUGCAUGUUGUGGACCUGACAUCCUGGAACUGGGGCUGACAACCUGGGAAAAAAAAUACAAAAUAUAAUAAUAAUGGACUAUUUUUAGAUAGUUUAGCUCUUUACAGGUUUGUGGGUGGCUCUUAAAAGAGCCGUUGUGGGGAAGUCAUGAGGAGGACUUCAAAUGCUACUCCGUCGGCUGCCACGGUACUGCUCCCUCCGCCGAGAAGUGUGCCAUGAAGACAUCCCUCACCCGGAGUGCCUCUCUGGAGGAGUUGUUGGCCGCAACCCGACCCAGACCUGGCAGUGGCUCCUCUCCAGCAUGUCCCGCGCCCCUCGCAGCAGGUGCCUCUCUCCCCUCCGAACACCUCAGAAAGUUGUGGAGAAGACACGUCGCCUUCACACACUUCUCCGCAACUUCUGGGUGGACCACUGUGAGGAGAGGAUGCCAAAGGCGUUCUCCACCACCAGCCUGGCUCUGGAGAGGCGGUAAUUGAAGACACGCCUCUCUGGAGGAAGGGUGCGUCCAGGGAAGGGCCGCAUGAGGUUCCUCCAUGAGCGGAACGCCUCAUCAGCCACAAAGACAUGGGGCUGGGGUCCUCUUUCAUCAGCACCGGGAAGAGGCUGGUCAGGAGGCAGAUGAAGUGUACCAGCACGGAGAGCCUGUCCAAAGGCAGAGUUUGCCAGAAUCCCACCGUC